AUGAAAAGAAGAUUUUAUUUUUAAAAAUAUGAGAAACAAUCAAGUCCAGAUGAUCUUCUAAGAAAAUUAAAUUAGGAAUCUACUAGGCCUAAAUUUAUAGAUUACAUAAUUACAAAUACGAAAAAUGAUAAAAAGAUAAAAAUGAUUGAUAGUUAUAGAUAGAGGAACUGUAAAUCAUUGGAUCCAGUUAGAAAUAUUAAGAUGGAUACAUAAACUAUGUAAGAAGAGUACUUCAAAUUUUUAACAAAUACAGAAAAUGGAACAUAAUAUAAGAUUUUAAAUACUGAUUAAUAAUAAAAAACCUUACCUAAAUAAAGUGUUUAAUGUCUAUCUAAAAUUCUCUCAUUUUAACAUAAGCUAUAGAAUCCAUUUUGA